CCUCAUGGAAAGUCUCCAGUCACUCAAGUCCAAACUAACCACACUCCAACAGACCAAAAGACUCGAUAAAUCCCUUCACAAAUUAAGUAGGAAUGAGAUUUUGAGGGAGAGGUCAAGAGCAUAUUUGACUCCAGAGAAUAGGAAUUGUAAAAAAUAUCAUCAGUUGAAAGAAUGAAUGUUUGAAGAUUUAGAAAUGACCCUUGAUGGGCCAGGGUGUUCAAACACCUUGAAAUUCACCCAAGAUUCCAAAGAAUCCAGCACACAAGCGCCCAGGCUCAGCUCGGUUUCUAAGCCAGUAAUGAAGAAUUCUGGCUUGAAACUGACAAAGACAAAGACACCAAAUUCGCAGAAGAAGUUAAAACAGAGGAGAAAUUUGUAUUCAAGGAUUAAGGUGUCAAGGACUCCGGAUUAUAUGGAUACAGGUGAUGAAAAGUGGAAGAGGAAUUAGAAGGCUGGAAGGAGGGUUAAAACCCAUUGAGAGCCUUUGACCAAAGAUUGGGAUAGAGAAGGCUGACUUGAAAGAGAAAGAUUUUGUGUACAAGAAAGAACCCAAGGUGUUCCAGAAUAUAUAGCUAAGAUUUCGAAGAUUUCCAAAAUAAAGCUGAAAGAUCUUUUUGAAUCGAAAAUGGGUGGGUUUUAUAUGAGGUUCAAACAAUGCAAUCUUAAAAGAAUGGAAAAGCGCAAAGGGCUGUACUGGGACCCAUUUUCGUCUUUAAAUUAGCUUAAGAGAUACUCAAAAGUGAUUAGAUCAACUAAUUUCAGAACUGUUUGAGAUUAAGAAGACGCAUUCCAUACCUGCUGACGAACUCUGUAUUUGCCAUUUAGUCAGAGAUACGUUCAAAUAAGUUCCAAAUUUGAUAUGUAAACGAGAUUAAGAUGCUAACAAGAUCCCUAAUCCUCCACACAAAAGACAACCACAAACUCCUAAACCUCCUUUCCAAAUUCAAACUCUCCAGUCCCAGCUUAAACUCCUUCGAGCAGCAACAAAAAAUCGACCAUGCCCUCCAAGAAUACGACCGAAUAAACCUGACUAAAGAUAUAGAACAAAUCGAAAAUAUUAAGAACAAGAAGUUCUCAGGCGUCGAUUUCGAACUGAGUGAGAUUCAUCAUAAUAUGGAAGCUAAUGCGAGGCUAUUUCCUGCUUUUUCAGAUACGAAUAUUAAGGAUUAUGAGAGAUAUGGAACGCUUGAGAGUGGAUUUAAGACUAGUGCGCAAGGGUUGCAGGUUAAUACGGCAAAGAUUAUGUUUGAUAAGAUUCAUUCAGGGAUUAGUAGGAAGAAUACUGUUUUUGAUAUGGAUGAUGAGCUGGAGUUAGUGGAGGCUUCUACCAUGACUGAGUUGCCCGAUCCUUUGUUGGUCAAGCUUGAGGCUAUGAAGAAACUCUUACAAAAAUCUAAGGUUAAAGUUGAAGAGAAAAAUGAAGCAAAUAAGAAGCUAGUAUCAAAACUGAAAUUAGUGAAGGAUGAUUUCUCUCUAAUCUCUCGUGAUCGUAGAGACCUCGAGUUACAAGUUGAGCAUGAGAAAAAGAAGUUCUAUAACCUCAUUAAAAACAAAAACACAAGAAUUAAGAAAUUGGAAGAACAAGAUUUUAACAAGGAAUUCCAAGUGAAGACUCUCACCAGACAGAUCACAAAUCUACAGGAUGAGAAGAAGUUAUUCCUGCAAAACUUAGAGAAUACUCAGUUUGAGCUGAAGAAGAACAAACUAUUGGUCAGGUCCCUAACUAAAUAAACUUGAGAGUAAAGAUCUCGAGGAUUUUCUCAGAAGAGAAAAUCAAGAUUUAAGUUGGAAGAAAACUCCUGGCGUGGAUUUUGAGUGACAGACUCAGGCAGAGACUCAGCAUGGGUUUGGCUCAGCCAAUCUUGAGAGAAUACCAACAGGAGUGGUAUCCAGGAAGCCUGCAAUGAAACAUCUCUUGGCUGUUGAAGUUUGAGAUAAACUUAAUAAAGAAGUUCAAGUUGAGCUCUUACCAUCUACCAUCAAAUAUCUUCCAGAUCAAAUUUUGGAAGAAGACAAAGAGACCACUCAAACCCGCAAAGCUUCAUCCAAACAUCCCUCUAAAAUUCCAACUACAAAAUUUGCCAAGACAAGAUUCCUUGGUCUCAAAGUCCCGCACUGCUCAACCUCAAGGAACUUCAAGAGCUAUGACUUGCUGAAGAAAGCUUCACUUCUGAAGUACGAGCAUAAGUUUAAUAAGCCAGCUGAUGAUUUCAAGUCUAAGACUCCAAGAAUGAGGGUGGUUAAACAAAUUGAGAUAGAGGAAAUUCUUAAGAAGAACUACUCAGGGUUCUUACCAAUCCCUGAAGCUCCCUUACAGCCUGAUUUCAGAACUUUCGAACCUGUCUUAAGGAAAGCACGCAAGGAAAAACUGCAAUUAGCCUCAGGUUCGAAGCUGAAUAAUACUUCCUUCUUCAAUAGCGGGAAAAAAGAGAUGAAGUACUAUAAUUACACUGGAGAUGAGAUUGAUUUCAGGCUGAAACCAACCUCAGAAGGGAGGAAGUAUUCAAACAUUUCAUAACCAGAUCAGCUCAAUUAUA